AUGACUAGUUCGUCAACUUCUUCUUCUCGGUUUCCCCGAAUCUCCACUCAUGGUGUGCCUAGAAGAUGUUGGUGUGGAGAGGGCAUAACAAGUUUUGGUUCAUCGACGGCGGAGAAUCGAUAUCGACGAUUCUACCGAUGUGAAAUUGCAAAAGAUAGAAAAUCUGAGAACCAUCUAUUUAAAUGGAUCGAUGAAGCUUUGCUUGACGAGAUACAAAGGGUAGAUGCGAAACAUGAGAGAGUUGCUCAAGGGCUUUCAAACUUUGAAGAAAAGGUUAUGACAAAUGUGAAGUCUGAGAUUGCUAGACUUGAACUAGAGAUGUCGCAAAAGCUCAAAGAGAAGGUGAAUUUGGAGAUUGCUAGAGUUGAAAAGGAGAUGAAAGAGAAGCUAAAAAUUGCGACGGUGGGUAUGGUAGUUGCAGUAGCAAUUAUAGGGAUAUGGACUUCUCUUUAUGUCUGA